AGGCAGUAGCCCCUACAGAGGAGGCAGCGUUUAGAAGGGUUUCCCCCGGGAGGGACAGGGCUGCCCACCCAGCUCUCACUGAAUGCCCCAGGACACAGGAUGGAGACCUGCCUGAAAGUCCUGCUGCUCGUCGGGGUGGUCACAGCAGCCCCCGCGCCCUCAUCGUCCCCUCUGCCAACCCACGAGGCUGCGGUUUUAGCUGCAGUUGAGAUCUACAACCAAGAGCCAGGCACAACACUGGCCUAUCGGCUCCUGGAAGCUGAGCCGCAGCCAGACUGGGACGUGUCUUCAAAAACUAUCCAAUCGCUGACAUUCACUGCGAAAGAGACAGUGUGCCUGGUAUCAGAGAAACGCGACCCCAACCAGUGUGAAUUCAAAGAAGACGGGCUGGUCAAAGACUGCUCUGGCUUCUUCUCCACUGAACAGGACCCCCCUUCCAUCAUUAUCAAAUGUGAGGAGGCGUCUGAGGAGCCUAAUGUCGUCACACGGGCAUGGGCGGCAGGGCACAGGAUGGAGACCUGCCUGAAAGUCCUGCUGCUCGUCGGGGUGGUCACAGCAGCCCCCGCGCCCUCAUCGUCCCCUCUGCCAACCCACGAGGAUGCAGUUUUAGCUGCAGUUCAGAUCUACAACCUAGAGCCAGGCACAACACUGGCCUAUCGGCUCCUGGAAGCUGAUCCUUAG